GGCUUCCGGUCCCUCCGGCGGUUGACCUGGAGGGAGGUGCGGGCUGCGUAACCACGUUUUCAAAACCCCAAUUGGAGGAUAUCAGCUGCCCUGUCCCUGCUGCAUCCAGCCACAUAGCCAUGGAAGUGCCAGAGCCCAGCAGCCCCACCGAGGAGGAGGAAGAGGAGGAGGAAGAAGAACAAUCGGCAGAGCCACGGCCCCGCACGCGCUCCAAUCCCGAGGGAGCCGAGGACCGGGCGCUGGGGACGCAGGCCACCGUGGGCAGCCGCAGUGAGGGUGAGGGUGAGGCAGCUGGUGCCGAUGGCAGCCCCAACCCUGCAGGAGUUGGCCCCAAGCCCUGGCAAGUGCCCCCGCCUGCUCCUGAGGUCCAGGUCCGGACACCGAGGGUCAACUGUCCAGAGAAAGUGAUCAUCUGCCUGGACCUGUCAGAAGAAAUGUCACUGCCAAAGUUGGAGUCGUUCAACGGCUCCAAGACCAACGCGCUAAACGUCUCCCAGAAGAUGAUUGAGAUGUUCGUGCGCACCAAGCACAAAAUCGACAAAGGCCAUGAGUUCGCGCUGGUGGUGGUCAAUGAUGACACGGCCUGGCUAUCCGGCCUGACCUCUGACCCGCGCGAGCUCUGCAGCUGCCUGUAUGACCUGGAGACGGCCUCCUGCUCUGCGUUCAAUCUGGAGGGCCUUCUCAGCCUCAUUCAAGAGAAGACGGAGCUGCCAGUCACGGAGAACGUGCAAACGAUCCCACCGCCCUAUGUGGUCCGCACCAUCCUGGUCUACAGCCGCCCGCCCUGCCAGCCCCAGUUCCCCUUGACGGAGCCCAUGAAGAAGAUGUUCCAGUGCCCGUAUUUCUUCUUCGACGUCGUCUACGUCCACAAUGGCUCCGCUGAGAACGAGGAGGACGUGGGCUGGAGGGAUAUGUUUGCCUUCAUGGGCAGUCUGGACACCAAGGGCACCAGCUACAAGUAUGAGGUGGCGCUGGCCGGGCCGGCCCUGGAGUUACACAACUGCAUGGCGAAACUGUUGGCACACCCUCUGCAGCGGCCCUGCCAGAGCCAUGCCUCCUACAGCCUGCUGGAGGAGGACGAGGAGGCCUCUGAGGCUGAGGCCACGGUCUGAUCCUGCCCGCACAGCCAGCCUCCGUGCCGGGGAAACCCUGACCGGGAGGGUGGGCCCUCAGGCCUGGCUCUGGGGGACCCGCGGGCCGCAGGAGCCCCCUGGGGCCUGGGAAUCCCCUGGGAGGAAACCCAGGGUUCCGUGAGGCACCCCAGGAGCUCUGGGCACGCAUCUUCCAUGUUCUCCAGCCCAUGUCCGCUCCUGGUUUGUCUCUUGUAAUGCUUGUUCCCUUUUGGUUUUUCCUCACCAAAAUAAAGAUCUGUGUUCCACUGACCCAGG